UGGUCAUAUGCACCAUAUACCAAAUGAUUCCCGUGUUUGGAUGCUAACAGGUACUGGAAAUAAUUUAAGGUAUGUAGAUCUCACAAAGAUACACACCAAGUUAGGCGACUCCAUUUACGAAAGCUUACCUGGGUUUCAUGCAAUCACAGGAAAAUUAGGACCGUACAAAAUAUUAAUUACUACAGAAAAAUAUCAAAAGGCAUUUAUAAAAUUCGGCGACACUCAAUUAUUUGAAGAUGAUAGUGAAAUACAAAGCACUUUUGACAUAAUACAGCAGUUCAUAUGUGAUAUAUAUAAUGUUGGUACGAUAAUUGAUGUUGAUGCUGCCCGUCUUCAAUUGUUUAUUAAUAAUUAUACGGUCUGCGAUGUUAAUGAAGCGUUUCAGCGAAAAAAAAUAUGCAAUUUUGAUGGGAACAGUCUGCCACCCUGUAAAUCAGAGCUAUUCCAACAAUUUCGACGUGCUAAUUAUAUAUCCAGCAUUUGGAAUAAUGCUCAUAAGAAAAUUCCAUCAAUACAUGAACCAGCAAACAAUGGUUGGGUACAAGUUAACAGCCAAUACAAUUUUAAAUGGUUUGAAGGCGAUCAGUUACCGAAUUUUGUCAGUGAUGCACUGCAAACUAUAUCAGAAACUAACGAAGAAGAUGACACUGACAAUGAGCCAGAAGAAAUAUGGUGCAGCAGUGAUGAAGAGUAUGAAGAAAAUUACGAAAUCAAUAUUAAUAAUGAAAGCUAUGUAGAAUGUUUAUAAUUUUGUAAAUUUCAA